AUGGCGGCGGUGGUUCUGGGCCGUGACAAGUGGCUGGGGGGCGAGCUGGGCUGCGACGGGUGCGUCUACGGCAUCCCAGGCAGCGCGUCCCGGGUGCUCAAGGUGGACGGAAGUCGAGUGGAGCUGAUCGGCCCCGAGCUGGCGGGGAAGUUCAAGUGGCUCCGCGGCAUCGAGCUCAAAGGCAUCAUCUAUGGCGUGCCCACCAAUGCGGAGCAGGUGCUGCAGAUUGAGCCCGGCACGGGGCGGGUGCAGCUUAUAGGGCCCGUCUUCAAGGGCGAUUGGAAGUGGCACGGCGGAGUUCUGGCGGCGGACGGGUGCAUCUAUGCCAUCCCUUGCAACGCCCAGUCCGUGCUGAAGAUCUCGCCCGGCCAAGUCGGGACCAUUUGCGACAACUCCCCGGUGCUGCGGGGCCGGUGCAAGUGGUACGGCGGCCUAUUGGGCUGCGACGGCUGCAUCUAUGGCAUCCCCAACUGCGCAGAGUCCGUGCUGAAGAUCGACCCGCAGACUCAGGAGGUGAUGACCAUCGGCCCCAAGUUCACGCAGGGCGGGCAGAAGUGGCAUGGCGGCGUCGUGGGCAAGGAUGGCUGCAUUUACGGCGUGCCUUCUCACGCAGAGGCGGUCCUGAAGAUCGACCCCCGCACCGCUACCGUAUCCACCAUUGGAAAGCCAAUUGAGAGUGGGGUGUGGCGCCCCAACGGCAAGUACAAGUAUGGCGGUGGUGUGGUGGCCGGGGACGGCACCAUCUACUGCCUUCCCAGCGACGCCGACUUUGUCCUCAAGGUUGUGCCGGAGACAGAAGAGGUGACGACCAUUGGGCCACGGUUCGAAGGCCACAACAAGUGGCAGAACGGCUUUGUGGGUCGCGAUGGCAACGUGAAGCUUGGCGGCGGUUGGGUGCUGUCCCUGACAACUAGCAGGUACGCCAUUCCUUGCAAUGCGCCUGGGGUGCUGCAGAUCGUGUGCCGCACAGGGCAGGUCAAUGUGCUGCCCAUCGAGAUGGAGAACGCCCUGCUCCAAGACAAGUGGGAGGGUGGCGUCGUGGCCAAGGGCGAUAUGUACUGCAUGCCGCAGAAUGCCAAGAAGGUGCUACGCAUCGCCCCGUGA